AUGGCGUCAUUUAGUGGUAUUAUUCCACAUUGUUUUGGAAACUUCAGCAAUUGUCUCCUAGUGAUGAAUUUAGGGAUGAAUAGCUUUCAUGGAACCUUUACUGCAGCAUUUACAACAGGUCUGGUCUUGAGAUUUAAUAGGUUUCAUGGUCACAUAGACUUUAAGACCAAGAGUAAAGUUCCUUUCACUAAGUUGAGGAUUAUUGACAUAUCUUACAAUGAGUUCAGUGGCCUUUUGCCAACCAAUUAUAUUGAAAAAUUUGAAGCAAUGAUGAAUGUCGAUGAACAUGCAAUGAAAUUGAAAUACAUGGGUGAUAUCUAUUAUUACAAUUAUGUGGUGGUGAUUAUGAAAGGACAUGAGAUUGAAUUUUCAAGAAUCUUAACCAUCAUCUCAAUCAUUGAUUUAUCGAGGAACAAAUUUAUAGGAGAGAUUCUGAAAUCCAUUGGGAGGCUUAAUUCACUUCAAGAUCUUAACUUAUCUCAUAACAACCUCAAAGGCCACAUCGCAACUUCACUUGGAAAUUUGUAA